AAUUGUAUGUAAUUAUAGUCUCGACCCGUACCGUCUGGCGAGACAAAAAUAAUGAAGAUGACUUGUAAGAUUGCAGUAGCUCUCUUGUUCUUUGCUGCUUUGGCUGGAGGACUUGGCAAGGCCCCUAAACUAGCUCCAUACAAUGUGGACAAGGCCCUGCUGUCUGUGUCCGGCCUCUCCUCUGGUGGGUUCUUUGCAGUCCAGUUUCAUGUGGCAUUCUCUGCAACCAUCAUGGGAGCCGGAAUAGUGGCAGGAGGCCCAUUCUUCUGUGCACAGGAUAACCUUGACAUAGCUCUAUCUGCUUGCACCAAAUCCCCUGAGCUCAUCUCAGUGGAUAAACUGAUAGCAAUAACCUACACCACAGCUCUGGGUGGUACCAUUGACAAACCAUCUCACCUCAGCAGUGAUCGAGUGUACUUGUUCUCUGGGAGCCUGGACUCUAUAGUUAACCCAGGAGUGAUGAAGAAACUAGCUCAGUACUACUCCAGCUUUGUAACGAAAGGAGACGUGUAUUCCAUGUUUUCCAUACCAGCAGAACAUGCAAUGGUUACUGACAACUACGGCCAUAACUGUAGUGUGUUCUCUUCACCUUUCAUCAACAACUGUCACUUCCCUCUGGCCUACGAUAUCUUGAACCAAAUCUACCAAGAUGUCCAGCCUGCAGACCACAGCCUCGCAAACCCCUCAAAUCUAAUGGAGUUUGAUCAGUCAGAAUUUUUUGCCGACCUUCCCGGAGCAGUGGAUAUGGACAGCACUGGAUUUAUCUAUGUACCCACUAAAUGUCAGAAUAAGACUGUUGUUUGUAGACUACACGCUGUGUUUCAUGGCUGUCGUCAAGGGAGAAAGUACGUAUCUAAUGAAUAUGCCCUUCAUGCUGGAUACAAUGCAGUGGCAGAACUGAACAAUAUUAUUCUACUUUAUCCGCAAGCGACCAACUCCACAUAUAACCCUAAAGGUUGCUGGGAUUGGUGGGGAUAUACAUCGACUGCCUACAGCUCUAAGCUGGGACCACAGAUAGCUGGAGUUAAGCUAAUGCUGGACAGAAUUGUGUACUAGCUGUAUAUAGUGUGUGUGUGUGUACAUGUGCAGUGGUUAUCCUUGCGUUCUAUUUGCUUUUAUCCGUAUUCAAUUUUAAUUAUUGCGUUGUGCGUUGCAAUUAUUCAUUAUUAGUGACACGUGA